GAGAGGGGAAACAAUUAGUUUCCCAUCAAUAUGGGAAUGAGACAGAAUCAGGUAAUAAAGUUAAUUAAAAAAAAAAAAAAAAAAAAUAUAAGAUAGAUUGUUAUAUAGGAUUGGUUAAUAAGGCAAUAAGAUGAUUGGUCAGUAAAUAAGCACGAGCCCUUGGUCAGUUGUUAAGCCUGGAGAGCCUAUAAAUACAAGUGGACAUCUAGAAACCGUUAGCAGAGCGGCGGUGACAUCUCAGAAGACACGUCUGCUCUGUGCUGCAAUGGAAUUUUACCUGCGUCAGCUUAUGGACAGGGCCGCAGCACCAGGCGGAGAAGAAUGGAUGAAACUUUGCCUUUCUCUGGCUCCUCCAUCCUCGGUUUUGCAGGAAGCUGAUGAGGCAGUGUGCUCAGCAUCUAUGUCCCUUCCUGCUACAGCUCCGCCCCCGGUUCCCGGGUUAUUCCUUCCUCAUGUAGAUCGAGGUGACAGGCAGGUUGAUCUGCCUAUGGGUGUGAAUGAGGUUGGACUUGCUGCGUCAUCGGCCCUCCCUCCUCCAGAAGUGAAUGACGAUGUGCAGGUUAAUGCAAAUACUGUUGCUGGCAGAACUGGCAGGUCGGUUUACAAGAGGACACAGAAGCUGCGCAGAUGUUAUUCUCCAUCACCUCCAAAGAACACUAAAAAGGGUCGCUCUGAUAACACUUUAACUGUUUCAGCACCAGCACAAUGUCCUAUUCCUGUGGUGACAAGUGAUACUGCUCCCACACAAAGAGGUGAGUCUCUCGACUCGGCUGCUUUAUCUGAUAUCAUUUCUAACUUUUCUUUAGUGUCUGGGCAAUUGCAGCAAUUACUGUCUAGAACUUCAUUGCCUGCUAUGGAUGUUUCGCACGCUUGGUCUAACCAGCAAUCUGCCCAAUCUACAUGUGUGCCUAGCCAGGUAAUGCAGGUGGAACCGAUUGCUAAUGUGCAUGAAAUUGCUAAUGUUCCUGAAAGUUGUUUUAGGGAGGCUAUGGCGUGUGAGUUGUCCCCGCUGGGUUUUCAUUUAUCUGCUAAUGUCAAAGCUAAGAUUUGGAAGGGGGAUUAUAUGGAUAUUUUGUCCCUUUUACCAGCUGCAGAAGACAGACCUCUGAGGUGGGAUCAAGAAAAGGUUGUAGAUGAUAAGCGUGCAUCAAAGCAUAAUGUCUGGAUUUUAGGACAUUCUUACGUGUUCUGGGCUAAGAAACGUGCUUCUAUCCGUUCGUAUGGUAAUAAUUUGGGUUUGGAUGAUCUACUGUUCUUGGAGAAAAUUAGAAAGAAAAUUAAUAGGGCCAUGGCUAAAUUUAUGCCUUCAAUUGGGGGCAUGUCUUUUAGACAUGUUGAAUUGGAAGGUAGAAUUCCAGGUUUUUAUCGGUCAGACAAUGUUCAUUUGUCUGAUGUGGCCCUGGAUAUAUUAAAUUUGGAUUUGCAGACUAGUGUGGAAUUGGCCGUGGCCAGGGUGGGGUGCCAGACUUGUUAA